UACAAAAUUUUCGAGUGCACUCACAAGGAAACAAAAUACACAAUUCACCUUCAUGUAACAUGUUCUCACUGAAUUCUUUAAAUACCCCAAACCAGAUUUUAGUUAGUUUUAACCAGUUAAAGUAUCGAUAUUCAAGCCUAUUCAGGUUCAAGAAGCACACAGGAACUAAGUACAAAAAUGUGACAUCCAAAGAAAGUAAGGGAGUUACAUACGCCUCGUCACUAUGCCUUGAAAGUUUAGAGGAAAGUUUGCGGAAUUUUGACAGUAACGAGCUUUCGGAAUUACGCAAAAUCGAUGUGCGGGUUCUGUCCACGGUUGCCGGUAGCUACAGAGAGCCUUUGAGGAGUCUGACCGACUUAACCUCUUCACGAAAAGUGUCAUAUAUAUCAGCACAGUCAUUCGAAAAAAACAAAAAUGGCUGUCCGAACACCUUCAGGUCGACACCAACAAUUUACAUCAAUUUGCACAAGAGGAACACUAGAUUCAACUUUACGGACAAUUUUGCCGGUUUACUGGCACGGAGUCUUCAAGACAACAGCUUCCAUUACAAUGUCCAACUCCGAGGUUUUAAAACAGAGCGUGGUAUCCAUGCAGACCUCAAGCGCAACCCGAACAUGAUAAAUAGACUGCGUAAGUCCAUGGGCAUGAGUAAUGAGGCGGAGAAGCACUCGACAACCCCUGGUCCUGACGUGGCGCCGCGUAUGGAGAAGCUUCUCGAAGACGGUGUCAUGUCACACCAGCAGAAAGACAAGAUCAAGAUUGCAUUUGCUGAGGGCUAUCUUGCAGGGUCGCACCCUGACAACGUGCGGGGUACAAAAGCAUCAAAAUAUUUAAAACUGGUGCAGCAACUACUGACCAUCGUGUUGUUCCUCGCUAUUUUCGUCAGCCUCAUGGCCUCCGUCAGCGGCACCGUCUUCCGGAUCCAACUCGGGAACCAAGUGGAGGUGGACCCUGAGGAUAUUAACGUGACCUUUGAUGACGUUAAGGGUGCUGAUGAGGCGAAGCAGGAACUUAAGGACGUGGUGGAAUUCCUGAAAUCACCAGAGAAGUUUUCCUCUCUAGGCGGUAAACUGCCCAAAGGAGUUCUGCUAGUUGGUCCGCCUGGAACCGGCAAGACUUUAUUAGCGCGAGCGGUGGCUGGUGAAGCGAGAGUGCCGUUCUUCCACGCUGCGGGACCAGAGUUUGAUGAGAUCCUGGUUGGGCAGGGUGCUAGAAGAGUCAGGGACUUAUUCAGUGAGUAUCACGUGACGAAGCAGCAGCUGCUGGCGAUGAUGGACACAAUGAUGGGUGGUCGCGCCGCUGAGGAACUCAUCUUCGGACCUGACAAGAUUACCUCAGGCGCGUCGUCGGACCUGAAGCAGGCCACGUCCAUCGCCAGCCACAUGGUGCGCGAGUGGGGCAUGAGCGAGAAGGUGGGGCUGCGCACCCUGGACGUGCCGAGGAACUCGCUCAACAACCCCGACCAGCUGGGGCCCAACACCAACGAGGUGAUCGACGGCGAGAUCAGGAAGAUCUUGAACGAGAGCUACGAGCGCGCGAAGGCGAUCCUGCGCAUGCACGCGAAGGAACACAAGGCGCUCGCCGAGGCCCUGCUCAAGUACGAGACGCUGGACGCCGAGGACAUCAAGGCGCUGAUGAGCGGCGCGCCGUCCAAGCUGGAGCGCGGCCGCGCCAAGGAGCCGGGCGGCGCGCCCGCGCCCGCGCCGCAGCCCGCGCCACCGCUGCUGCCCGCGCCGGCGCAGCCGCAGCCCGCCUGAGCCGGAUACCUAAAUUGUACAAAAAUAGGAGCAAAGUGUAUUGAAAAUUUUGCAGGCCGCUUGUAAAGAAAUAAACAUAAGCAAACUAGUUAGAGUUACUGCAAUGGUGAUUAACGUCUCCACUAAAUAUAGUUUUGAGUCAAAUACAAACUUUUUUUGACAUAAGCAUUUUCAUUGAUCGAUAAUAUGCCGUAUGCGGGAUUUAGGAGAUUCUCAUUGGCCAAUACACUAACCGUGGCAAAUUACAUUAAACUUUCUUCCGAGCACCAGCAUUAGUAAAUACAAAUACGAGAUUCGGGUCAAGUUUACCAACGACGGGAAGCGCGGGAUAAAUCGAUAUCAUAAUCGCGCAAACGGACACCGCUAUCAUUAAAUGAUAAACUCGACUGCGAAAAUUAGGAAUUUUUUACUAGACAUAUUAACCGUAAAAUUAUAUUUAAGUCGCAUGCAGGCACCACAUUAGUUUAAUUACUAAAUAGAACCAAGUCGGGUGAUGUCCCUUAGUCAAAAUACUAGCGACGAUUAGCGCAAGAUAAAUCUAUAUAGUACACUCGGUAGAUUUUCAUUGGUCGACACGUAACACUUACACUCGAACUCACCUGCGGACACCAGCAUUCGUAAAUAGAACCGGGUGCGGGAUUCGAAAGUUGUUCGUUGGUCAAAAUAUC